AUGACAACGCUCAGGGCCGUGAUGGUGGUCACCGUCGCCCUGCGUGACGGUACAGCGUUGGAGUACCCAUGUGGCGAGCAGGGGCUCAGCGAGUGGUGGCGGCAGCCAUGUGAGAAGGGUGGCGAGCGGUUUUUGGCGUUUGACAUCGAGACGGCGGUACAACAAAUAGCUCCUUUCUUAGAGGACACAAGCAACGAUGCACCUCGGUUCAUCUACUUCGAGGGAUGGGAUGGAUUGGGUGCUUCUACGGUGCUUAGAGCUAUAGCAGAGCAGCCUGCACAUUCUUUACGGGAAAAAUUCGAGAAGAUCAUCCACAUUGACUGCUCGAUAUGGAAAAGCCGAAGAGCAUUGCAAAGGGUGAUCAUAGACGAGAUUAAGCUCACUCAACAGCUAGCGGCUGAUUUUGACAGGCAAGAUGAGGAGGAGGAUUUCAGUGGGGUUGACCAAGGCUCCAGAGCUGAGAUUAGAGACAUAACAGGAGUGAUAGGUCGAUACCUAGUACAGUACAGAUGUUUAGUUAUCUUUCACAAUGGAAGUAGUAACACAGUUGACUUGGCUAGCUUUGGCGUACCAAUGCUCGAAUUAUUAGAUACUAAGGUACUGUGGACCUUCAGAGGAUGGCUUCGCCUCAAUAGAGAAAUUCCUGAAAAGAUGGAAAUCUUUUGGGCGGCUCAUCUCUUGAUGGCCCGUUCUAUUUGGAGCAGACCAAGAAAUCCAAGGUUGGAUGCAAGUGAUUUAUCGUUUACACAACUGCGGGCUAUUCAUCUGCACUUCUGCCCGAGGCUCGGAUAUGUCCUCCCGAUGGCUUCGAACAAUACCUUAUCCAAGGUGCUGGAGACUCUCCACAUACACUGCUGCGGUGACCUCAGACAGGUGUUCCACAUGGAGCAAGAGUUUCUGGAGAAAAUAGAGGCCUUGCAUGAAAAAUGCAUGCUGGAAUUCUCAAACCUCAAGAGCCUGCACCUGUAUGAGCUCCAGAGUCUGCAACAGAUAUGCGAGGCCAAGAUGUUUGCUCCCAAGCUCGAGACCAUCUAUAUCAGAGGAUGCUGGAGCCUGAGGCAUCUCCUGGCCACUGGCAGUCGCUGCCGCGAAGAUGGUCGCCUUGUGGCUGUGGACUGCGAGAAGGAUUGGUGGGACAAGCUGGAGUGGGACGGGAUGGAGUCUGGCCACCACGCCACCCUCUUCGAGCCGAGCCAUUCCAAGUACUACAAGAGGCGUCACCUGAGGGGCACGGUUCUCCGGUGA